UCCCGCAUGUCCGCCCACGGGACGAUCUCAGCGACCGUUACUACCAAUGCCUCCUCUGAACUCACCACAAAUUACUGAGACCCAGCAUCCAGUUCCCAUACAAGGACCGCAACGGUUAUGGAUCCAUCGACAGAACGUCACGCAAAGCGACCAGGUAGAUCUGGAAGUCCAGAGACAGCAACAGGCACAGUCCCAACCUCAUAUAUACAACUACACUCAGCAUCUACAACAACUCCAGUGGCAACAACAGCAACUUGUGCAACACGAAUACGAACGACAACGACACCAGCAGCUACAGGGCAACGCAAAUCUUGGAAUAACAGAAUUAAUGGGCCACGUACACUCAACUAAUCCUGGACUUUAGUACAUCUGAGUUACCCCUUCCCUUCCUCCAUCAAACCCUGGCAAAGAAUCAAUCGUCAAAAGAGAACAUAGUGAGUUCAAUCGGUGGAUAGGGAUAUACCUAUGUGCCCCGCCGGCUGAGUCGAGUAUAAGUUAUGCAUCGUUCCAGAUCUGGCAGACGGGGCUUUUCGCGGUUCGGAUGCUUAUUGCGA